AUGGAUCCGUCGCCUGAUAAUAGCAAAUCCGAAAAGGGCGAGAAAUCGUACCUCACCUCCACAAUCGAAUCGAUCACUCCAUGGGGCGGCACCCGAUCUCCAGCUCCCAAGGGGCCCUCCGUCGACCCAAGUGAGGCAUCCGGCCUGAAGAACCAGCAUGGAGGAGACUAUGCAACACAUCAUUGGCAUGGGUUGAGGACGAAGGAUUACCCUCCGGAUUGUCCUCCCCUGAAUGCAAGAUGGUUUUAUGCUGUUGAUGUUCCCAAACGAAAGCCAAAGUUGCUGAUCAAAAACCAAACCGAGACAAAACCUCCGCCUAUACCCAAAAAAUUCACGACUUUCUCGAAGCACGAUUCGCGAGCUAUAGAAACAGCAUACCAAAAGCUUGCGGACGAAUCUCAAGGUGGAAACAACGAGGGUGGUGAUGAAUCGACGAAAAGCAAGCAAGCCGGUGGGAGCUCAAAUACAAGCCUUAAUGUUCCAGGGCAGGAGGAGCAUCCUGGAGUGAGAGUUCCUGUGCAGGAGGACUUCCUCUUUGAUGUUGACAUUGAGCGGCGAGAGCUGGCUCCUGUCUACUGGUUGGGACCAAUAUUCCAGGUGACUAGGGGGACUUGGUUCUAUGACGAUGGGAAACCAUGCGACGAAAAUCUAGCAUCCCAAUUAGAACAGGGAUAUUUAAAGAUAAAGCCAUUUCGAUACCCAGCUCCGGUAAAACCAUCGCCUAGGCCCACCUCGUUAAAGCUUGAAGCUGACCCAGUAUCCGUGGCCAAGCAAGCGUCUUCUGGGAGAGAACGUGCUAGCUCCGGUGAAGUGACACCGAAAGCGUCUACAGAGAACCUAAAAGCCCAGGCUCUGGAUGAUUCUGGAGAUAGUUCCAAGGAUCCUUCCUCGCAGCCACAACCUCAGAAAACACACCGCCUAUUCGGGACAUAUAUGAAUUCUGUUGUGACAUAUCAAGACUCCACAGUCGCCUGGCUUUCGGCAGAUAGUAUUAUGUCCCGCAUGAGCAGCACUGUCUACCAAAGAUUUUCAGGUGGCGGUUAUCUCGGCGGUGUUAAGCUUGUUCGAGGCUAUUCUGCCUCGCGCAAAGCAAAGGCCUCCGCUACACCAGAUAAGGGCCCAUCAACGCCUGUUAACGCAGCCGUCGAAGUCCCAACUGUGCCGUCCCCAUUACACCUUGACGAGAGACAGCAGAAGUUGCUCAAGAGGAGAUCUGCGCCUCCUCUGACACGUCAAACUGGAGAUGCCAGUCCACGAGCAGCUCGCCAAACGGCUGAGGCCGCCACUUCGCUGUUGCAAGGCGGCACCCAACAAGAAAGCGACACUGAGGCCACGAGAAAGCAGGAGGAAUCCGAGAUGCAGACUGAUUAUACUGACCGAGACAGCGAGAAUCAGAACCGGGAAAUCGAUCACCUAAUUCUGGUCACACAUGGAAUCGGUCAACGCUUGAGCAUACGGACGGAAAGUGUUAACUUCAUCCAUGAUGUCAAUAUUCUGCGUCAGACACUCAAGAACGUCUACGACGGAUCUGCAGAUUUGCAAGCGCUCAAUUCUGAGAUUGACAAACUGCCAAAGAACUGUAGGGUGCAAGUCCUCCCAGUCUGCUGGAGGCAUCUCCUAGACUUUCCAAAGAAGAGACAGACGCGCCAAGAACAUGACCUUGGAGAUACUGAAAACGCCGAGGAUGAGUACCCCAGCUUGGAAGAUAUUACAAUUGAAGGCGUCCCUUUUGUGCGGAGUUUAGUAACGGACCUUGCAUUGGAUAUCCUCCUAUAUCAGAGUGCCUAUCGCGAACAGAUUAUUGUUUCCGUCUUAGGCGAGACAAAUAGAAUGUACAGUCUAUUCAAAAAACGCAAUCCUCACUUCAAGGGGAAGGUUAGCUUUAUGGGACAUAGUCUUGGUUCCGCCAUACUGUUUGACUUGCUCUGUAGGCAGAAAGAAUCUCUGCAACAUUCGAAACACCACCAAGGGCGCGACAGCAAUCGGCACUCGAAGGGGCAGGCCAGUAAAUUGGAUUUCGAUUUCGCUGUGGAAGAUUUCUACUGUGUUGGUUCACCCAUUGGGUUGUUCCAAAUGCUGAAAGGACGAAAUAUAUCAGCAAGACAUGCCGUAGAGGAUGCCGUUCCUGCGCAAUCGCCACUUGACCCCGACGGGAUGGAGGACCCCUUUCUUGCCGCCUCCCCGGCAUCGACUCUGCCAUCUGGAGAUACCGUCUCUGGCAUCACCGGGCUUCCACUUACCGUUUCGUCCCCCAGAGUUGGCCGACUAUACAAUAUUUUUCACCCGUCAGACCCCAUCGCGUACCGACUAGAGCCUCUCAUUUCGUCCGCAAUGUCCACUAUGAAACCUCAACUACUGCCUUACACCAAGAAGACUAUUUCCGCAAGCGUGAGCGGAAUCAGCGCGAAGGUCGGUCAAAGUUUCAGCGGAUUAUGGUCCAGCUUGAGCUCUGGGAUCGCAAGCAGUCUUCUCAAUCGUAGUCUGGGUCUUACUACCGAUGAUGUGGCAAGAAUAGAGGCGACGUCAUCUUCCGGAAGGAGCACCCCUUCUCAAUCAAUCGGUGCAGGGACAAAUAUCUCAGGCGGCGGUGUUAUCCCAGUCCCUGCCCUGCAGAGAGAAGAUACUAACGAGAAGAAGAAGCAGUUGGCGGAAGAAACGGCUGCGGCUGAUAGGGACGGUAGCGGUGCUAACGCGCCUACUUUAAUCGACGAUGAAAUUGUGACACUGUAUGCAGGGUACGAGAAAUCAAGAGAGAAUCGUCAUGGUGACCCUAAUUCUGAGCACGAUUGGUCAGAAUCUGAAAAGAAGGGUAAAAGGCUGAAGAGAGAGGAGCUGAAAAUCCGAGCCCUGAAUCAGAACGGCCGAGUUGAUUACUCCAUCCAGGAGAGUGUCCUCGACUUCAACCCUAUAAAGUAUGUCCCCCCAUUAACACCGUUAAAUUCCAUGUACAUCUACUUACACAUCCCAGCACAAUAG